UGCUGCAGGAACAGGAAGUGACACCGCUCCGCAGCUAGCUGCUACCCUUACCGCGAUGAAAGCACAAAGAAAACCCACAAACUUAGAAGACGUCGUGGUCAUUUAAACAAACAAACGCCGUAGUUUAAGUGUGGAACACCACCUUUAGAGAUAACCCCCCCUGUAUCUGCCCUGGGCCCCCGGUCAGCCCCGCUAGUCCCCCCGGUCAGGUGGUGUAGGUCCCGGUAGCGGGUCUGUGAUGGCCAUGGCUCCUAUUUACUGCUGCGUGGACAAACUGCUGCUGCUGCUGCUGCUGUCUGUGUGCGACGCGAGGAUACACAAGCUCACCCUGAAGAAUGAAACGCGAUUUGCCGUUGACCUCAACAACUUUGGUUUCUAUGCUAAUGGGACGUUGAAUGUGAGCCUGUCUUCUCUGUGGCUCCAAGAAAAGGAUGUGAACUACAGCAUGUACCCGGUUGGUUUCAGCCUAUCGCGGUCACGUGUUAAUGGAGUCUUGUCUUACACAGCUGAGGAGACGGAGACGUGCCCUCUCACGGUGACAAAGCCAACCAGCGACGAGCCUCUCAUCCUUUUUCUUAUUGAUAUCAACAACUUAAGUGUCAAUGUGAGAGCUAUGGGUGACCAAGACAACAUCCUGACCUCGAAGGCUGAAGCAAAUAAAGGUCAGCUAGACAGGAAAGCUAGACAGGUUCCUGCUGAUCCUGCAGGGGAUAAACCAUCUGACAAUGAGGACAAAAAGCCACUCCAGCCAGGUGAUAAGUCGAAAGAAAAUGAAGAUAAGAAGAAAGAAGCUGAUAAAGAAGAAAAACAAAACUUUGAUGUAGAAGAUAAGAAAGAGGAGGGAAAUAGAUUUGUUCUGGACAAGGCUACUCAACUGACCUUAGCGUUGAGCAAAGUGAAUGGCUCCUACAGCUUUAGUUUUAACAUUUUGGUCGGUUUGAAGGCGCAAGGUCUUUACAACCUCAAGUUCCACUACUGUAAGAACAGGGUGCCUGGUAUCAAACUGCCUUACUCCUUCACGGUGGAGGUGACUGAGAAGAAUCCAGAAGGCUACCUGUCAGCAGCAGAAAUACCGUUGUCCCGCCUUUAUUUAUUUAUGGCCGGAGUCUUCUUCACUGCUGCCAUGGUGUGGGUGUCCACGCUGAUGAAGCACAGGUACAGCGUGUUUAAGAUCCACUGGCUAAUGGCUGCACUAGCAUUCACCAAGUCCACGUCGUUGGUUUUCCAUAGUAUCAACUACCACUUCAUCAACACUAAGGGACAUCCUAUUGAAGGCUGGGCUGUCAUGUAUUAUAUAACACACCUGCUCAAGGGGGCUCUCCUGUUCAUCACACUGGCACUGAUCGGCACAGGCUGGGCUUUCGUCAAAUACAUCCUGUCUGACAAGGAGAAGAAGAUUUUCAUGAUAGUCAUCCCCCUGCAGGUUCUGGCUAAUGUCGCUUACAUCAUCAUUGAGUCUACAGAGGAAGGCUCCAGCGAAUACUAUCUGUGGAAGGAGAUCCUCUUUCUAGUUGACCUUAUCUGCUGCGGAGCCAUCCUUUUCCCUGUUGUUUGGUCAAUCCGUCACCUGCAAGAGGCUUCGAGCACAGAUGGCAAAGCUGCCAUGAAUUUGGAGAAGCUCAAGCUCUUCCGGCAUUACUAUGUGAUGAUCGUCUGUUACAUCUACUUCACAAGGAUUAUAGCCAUUCUGCUCAAGAUCACAAUGCCUUUCCAGUGGCAGUGGUGCUAUGAGUUUCUGGUGGAGGUGUCUACUUUGAUCUUUUUCGUGUUGACGGGCUACAAGUUCCGACCAGCAUCAAAUAACCCUUACCUUCAGCUUCCCCAGGAUGAGGAGGACGUAGAGAUGGAUGAAGUUGUGACUGAGUCGGGCGCACUUGAAGGUAUUUCAAAAGUCAAGAAGACGUCUAACGGUCGCGAGCGCCAGAAAGAGCCAGCCUUGUGAGCGAUGAGGUGGACCUUUGGGAGAAGCCAACUAACCACCCCUGGACACCCUAGGGGUCCACAAGGACCAAGACUCCCAACCUCCACUGAUGGCUCUCCUUUUGAAACUCUUUAAGUGUUGCAGUGGUCACGCCCACUGUCUGGCUAUGCAAAAAUUAAAAGAAAUAAAAACAAUAAAAUACAAAAAAAACAUGUUGGGAGCUCAACAUUUCCUUGGAACACUCCACCCGGAAACAAGAGGCUCCAGGGGCUUCUGUUGCAUAGACAGGUGGAGAUGUGGAAAGGAGCUCUGAUUUUCUUUAUCCAUUUUUUUUUUUUUUUUUUUUCAGUUUCUCUCCAAAGAUUAUUAUUAUUAUUAUUAUUAUUUUAGGAAAUAAAUUGCUCUUUAGUGUUUUUAUAUUAGCUAUUUAAAAUGGUACUUCUGCAAGCUUCUUAGCCUUUCAUGUGUGAGGUGAAAACGUGUGUCUGAAUGUGACAAAAAAAACCACAAGAUUUGAACACAAGUCUUUUUUUUUUUCCUCCCCCUUUUGGAGAUGAUAGCCAGACUCAGGUAAAAGGCUUUUCAUUAUAUUUAAAAUUUAUGAAACAACUGUCACUUUCCCACUAUUCAGGGUUGGUAAUUUCCCAUGAAUCAUUGUGCAACUUCAUCACCACACAAUACCAUACAUUGUGUCUUCAAAUAUAUAUUUGAUGUGUAUAUUGGAGUAUAUGUAUGUAAGAGGUUGUAUGUUUCAGUAUAUCAACUUUUUACAUAUAAUUUUUUUGGGUUCCUGUAUCAUUGUGUAUGAUGAAGACUGUCACUGGAUCGCUGCUGUAAUUUAGUGCUUUAGUGGUUGAGGACAACUUGCUUUUCUGAACUGAGUCUAUGUGGUGCUGUGUGGACCCUUUUUUUUAUAUAUAUAUAAAUUGAAUAAACACGUUUCCAGAUUUCAGGCUUUUAAAAAUGCGGAACCAUAGCCCCACAUUUGUGAUGGCCUUGCCCCCCCCUUUUUUUUUCAUUUCUUUUUUGCAUGGCCGUGCUUACCUGGGCAGAAAAGUGACCUAACUUUUUUUUUUUUUUUUUAAUGCCUCUUCUUUUGGUUUUAACAUUUUGCUCUUGAUGUGAAGCUUCUUUGAUUAAUUGUUAAUGGCUGAUAAUUUUAUGACAGGUCAGGAAAGUGUGCAGCAAUUCUGAGUUUGAUGGCCAUUUGUAAAUAGGGUUGUUGAUACUAAAGAGACGGUUAUUACACUUUUAAGAGUGUUUCAGAUUUUUGAUGGUUCGCUGUAUUAUUUUUUUUAAUCUUCCUUGUAAUUCCCACAUGUGAGGAAAUGGGGAGAAGCUACUGAGAUUUAACCAAUCAGACUUGUCCACCAGGACAGAGCUGCACAGUGUUUACACACAAUUUUACAUUUCUCCUGGCUCUAGGCGUUAAGUAUCUUGGAGCAGAAAUGAUAACAGGUGGUAUACAUUUAGUUCAGGUGGGUGAAUAAGGCUUAUAUUUGCUUGUUAUUGAUCGGUGAUGUUUAUAUGAAAUGUCACAAUAAAGUUGGAUUUCUGGAAAGAAUUCAGAUCACAUUUA